GCAACACUACUGCAGUAAUUGAUAUUCACUUUUUGUUAUGUAAUUUAUAAGAGAUUUUCAGAAAACGGAAUGGAAAUGGAAAUUCCACAUAUGGCUUGACAAAAGUCAAAAACCUGUAUCUUGAAUAAACAACUCAUCAAUCAUUAAAACCAGAUUAAUUACAUAUACUUGUAUAUAAACCUGAAACCAUGUUUACAAUUAUUCAUAUCUUGCAAGGAAGGGAGGCUGCUUAUAGCAAAACAAAGCCACAUUUCGAAAUAAAAGUCCACCAUGAAAAGAAAAUCAAUCUUGUGUGUUUUCUUCAUUGUCCUUCUGGUCUCGCCUGCCCCGAUUUUGGCCGAGACUCUGGAAGAUAUGAAUGAGACAAGAAACAAACGACAAGCUCAGGUUUUACUCCCCCUGGCGUCUUAUGCAGGAAUGACCGUAGCGGCCCCGUUAUUUGCUGCUCUUGUCACGGCAUAUGGAAUCUAUGCUGUCACAAAAUACGCAAUCAAGAAAGCUAAAUCAAACUCAGACAGUCAUUCUUGUGCUAACAACAGAGGAUGGUGCAGAAAAACAUGUUUCUCCCACGAGUACAUUGACUGGACGAACAAUGCAGUGUGUGGAUCAUUCAAUUGCUGCAGACCCGGGAAGAGGGGGUAAUCCUUGCAAGCAGAAACAGACUUCAUUUGUAUAAUAAUUGACUUGCAAUAAACUGCAUUUUAUGUGAAUUAAAUAUUUUUUUUAAAAUUGUUCACUGUUUAUUUCAAAAUUUUUUCUCGAGUAAUCAGGUCUAAAAAAGACGUCGUAUUGCCGCGUAUGUUUAUAAUUUAUUUUGAUAACAGAAACCAUUUAUUCAGCUUGGUUAUUGAAUGAUAUUCUGUAGACGUCGGAUAUGAAAUUAGUUAACAAAUGUUUUGCAUAAGAAAUCGCUCACAAUUUUUUGUUAUGGCAUAUUCAUGCUUUUGAUGACUUAUAUAUUGCUGAAAAAAACUUGUGAAAACUAAAUGAGUUGUGACUAAAACUAAGGACUGUUUGACUGCUUUCAUAGUUAACUUGUAGGUGAAAUAUCUUAAAGUAUAUUUUACCAGUAUACACCAAAUGGAAAAAAAAUGCCAUGAGCUUUGUUACAAAACAAAAGUUAUGUGAGCUCUUUAUUGAUAUUGCAACAUAAACGACAUUCAAAUGUUGCUUACCAAUUAAAAUUUGGUACUUU